AUGGGAUUCGUCUUCAAAAAAGAUACAUUCGUUGGUCAAGCUGCUGAUGACUUCGAAUUAGUCUUGAUCGAUCAAUGUUUCGAAUUCGAAUUAUCACCCGCUCAUAAAGUUUUAAACGUCCACUUCAUGUUUUCGGACCAAUCUUUCACGAAUCCCCUGCCUUCCCAAGAAUACUAUUGUCGAUACCGUUGGUUACCUAUGAAUGGAGCUUUUAUUCAACUCGAACGUCCAUCAUCACCUCUACUUCAUCUUACCACUAAUCCACUUCAAAUCCCUCAUUCCCCCAGCGAAGUGUGUAGAAGGUGUAGUACGAUACCUAAAGAGGUAGAUUGGAUCCGAGAUCCUUCAACCAAUCAAAUUCUCUUAGGCCCCGACGAUCGACAUCUUUCACUAGGUUUUAUCAUCAAUGGAACCGAAACAUACAAACUAUGGGAUCAUGUUAGGUUUAUUAGAAAUCCAAACUCAAAUGAUUCAAGUAAAGAAGAGAUUGGACAAAUCAUUGAGAUCUCGGGCUUUCGAUCGAACUUGAAUGCUUCGAUUGAUUUAACUGAUGAACCAUUCAAAGUGUCUUCUUCUAAAUAUACUGAAUUAGAAACCAAUCUAAGAAAGAAACAAAUCAAAUUGCUUGUAAGAGUUUACGAACGAAAAGCUUGGACAGGAACCCGAUCCAAUCCCCACCACUAUAACGACGAUGCUCAAGUGAUGGAUUAUUUAGAUGAUCGUAGGCUUUGGUAUUCUUCACAUGAAGAAAUCGUAGAUGGACUAAAUGGAUUAAUAGGCAAAUGUGAAAUCGAACAUUUCAUUGAAUCUGAUCAAAGUUUUAUCAACAUAAACCCACAAAAAGCUUGGAAAUCAUUAGUGGACCAAAUCCAAGAGAUUCGUAGUUCUUUACACAAGUUUUAUAGUGUUUUACCUACUCAAGCUCAACAAGAGUUAAGAUGUUCUGUACCUGAGCUUGUUCCUAAUUUAUUACCGUUUCUUUCGUUUCGAUCAUCAAAUCUUUUGGAGUUGCAAGAAGUGGAGGAUGAGAAGAUCGUAUUGAAAGAAUUGGUAAAAGAAUAUGAUCAGAUGAAAUUGAGUCAUUUGGAAUUGUUUGGUGGGAUCGGAAGCUUUUCACUUGGGUUUUCGGAACAUGGUCUUACUGAUCAGAAAAGAACGGUUUUUAUUGAUUGGUCUGUUCCGGCUUGUGAAACUGCUUCAAUCAAUUUUCCAAAAUCGACAAUCUUUUGUGCUGAUGUAAAUGAGAUUCUUUGUUUGAUGAUCACAGGUAAAACAAGGCAAGGGAAAUCAAGUGUAAGGGAUUUAAGAACUGGUCUACAAAUCUUUCCUGAUCAAUUACCUAAACCUGGUGAUUUUGAUAUCAUUACUGCUGGGUUUCCUUGUGGUAGUCAUUCUACUUUAAACGUUUUGAGAAAAGGUGAAGAUUCUAAGAACGCUUUGUGUGGUACUGCUCUUUCAUUUAUUGAAUUUCUUAAACCAACUUAUGUUUAUUUUGAAAAUGUUAGAGGUCUUUUAAAGACUCAAUUGGUAGAUCGUGAAACUCAAGAAAUCUUAACUCAUGCUUUUCUUAGGUUAAUGUGUGGUACGAUGAUCACCCUAGAUUAUCAACUUCGAUUUGGUGUACUUCAAGCAGCACAAUAUGGUACACCACAAGAAAGAAGAAGAUUUAUCCUUACAGCUGUGAAGCGAGGUUACACCUUACCCAACUUACCAGACCCGACUCAUUUUUAUCCAGACGGAAAUUUACAAAUCAAAUUACCAGAUCAAAACAAGAUCUUCAUGGAUUUCAGAACUCGAUACUCAAGAGGUACAUUAGAUCCGAUCACGAUUGGAGAUACGAUAUCCGAUUUACCUUGUUUUGAGUAUCGAAAUCCGAUGAAGAUCAUGGGAGAUUUUAAUAAACCGACUCGAAAGAAAUUUAAAAAAAGAUCAAAAGAAUGUGUUUUGGUGAAUGGAGAUCAUAGGUUUGGGCGUCUUGAAAAAACAGAUUGGGUUGGGUUUCAAAAGUUUAAGUAUCGAAUCAAUCCUCAAAAUAAUUUUCAAAUUUAUCUUAGAACUCAAAGAAAAGAAGAUGAUGAUUUAGUUUUACAAAAUGAUGGUGAUGAAGAAGAAGAGCCGAUUAAUUGGCAUGUUACGGGUAGGUUUUCUGAGAAGACUGUUGAACAGAUUUGGCAUAUACCUAUUAGGGAAGGAGCUGAUUAUAAAGAUUUACCUGAAGAGUUGAAAUACAAAGAAGCUGAACCAAAAAAAUCUCAAACAAAAGAUUAUUCAAGAGAUUAUGAAGGAAACUUUGGUAGAUUAAGUCCUCAUCUUUUGUUUAGAACUGUGAUUACUACGAUGGAUCCUAGGAACCAAGGAAGAACUGGACAAGUUUUACAUCCUUCUCAACAUCGUGUAUUAACAGUUUUAGAAGCCCAAAGAGCACAGGGAUUUCCAGAUUGGUUUGUAUUAUCAAAUAAAUCAGAAGGAGUUAAAGGUUUAUAUAAACAAAUUGGAAAUUCGAUUCCAUUACCGAUCACUAGAUCAUUAGCUUUCUGUCUUUGUGAAUCAAGAGAAGCUGAUUGGAAUCGGAAUGGAAAACGCAUUGAUGUGGAGAUGAAUGGGAUGAUCUUGAUGGAUUUAAUGAAGGUUUGGGAAAGUUUUCAGGAUUGA